AUGGCGACGAAACGUUCUCUUCACCUCCUCUUUCUCCUACUGAACAAUCUUACGGCCGCUAGACCAACUACCUCUUCUUCUUCGUCGUCUUCUGCGGCGACAAAACCGUAUCAGAUCCGCGGCGUCGCUGAUCCCAUCUAUCAUCUGUACCUGCAGACUCUGCCGUCAGAUGCAUCAAAACCCGUCCUCGGACCAGAAGCCUCCGCUGAGACAUACCUCAUCGACUCCACCAUCCAAUCCACCAACACAUCGGCCUAUCUCAACAUCAAUGACGCGGACACAUCGUACAAACUCCUUUCGCUAGGCGAGACAUCGAAUACGACGGCUUGGGGGUUGGAGGGCGAUACGAUCGUCACGACGGAGGGGAGUGUUUAUGGAAGACAAACGAAUUUCCUCGUAUGCCUACUCGAUGACACCAACACGACGGAUUCCACUCCGUACUACGAGAUAUAUCUGCAGACGGGGAGUGAUGUGCCCAGUGGGAAGAACUGUAGUAACUACCAGUCGCUGCAUAUACCGUGUUUGUGUUAG